UUGCAGCACGACGUGGGCCCCCCGUUCCGCAGGCUGCGCAGGCCACUCGCCUGCUCGCGGGAGGGGCGGGUGGGCGAGCCAAGACGCCAUGGUGCGACGACGCAUAGCGAGGGAGGGGCGGGAGACCAACGCGCGACAUGACGAAACAUCACCCAUCCGCCUCGCGGUGGCGGGGCAUCGCCGCUCUGGGCAAGAUGGCCACGCAAGGUCCACUAUAUCGCGGGGCCCGCUCUCAUUGGAGCAUCGCCCCAUCUCCGAGGAGCAAACUGCACUGCCAGAGCCAGGGGAUCCAGGUCUGAUACGACCCGAGCGCUGGGCAAGCGCCAGCGACGCACUGUUCGACAGGCACGCAGAUGAUUGACGCACCGCGCGAGGCUUCGUGCUCGACGGGCUUCGUGCGCGACGAGCUUCGUGCUCGAGGCACAAGGCACAAUGUGUGGCAAUCCCCCGGGUAAUGAGGCAGGGGGCGCCCCACACGUGGUAUCCGAAAACACUUGACUGCAAGAGGAAACGCGUCACAUCACCAACUGGUAGAAUGAACGGGUACGCAAAUACUGCGCUGCCUAAACUGAUUUAAACGGGCUGGCACAGAGCAGCAGAACAGGUGCCAUGACAUCCCACCACUAAAAAGUUACCAUGUGGCGAGUACCCGCGCCGUGUGCGCCAGCACUUUGCACCUGCUGGGCCCCACGCUGCUGGGUUCGUCGACGAAACAGAGGCAUGGCCCAGAGAACCUGCAGCACACCAGAAGGGCCUCUCCUGGGCCACUCGGCUCCGGACCGUCCCCAGAGGAGGAGAUCAGGAGGAGGAGGGGGGGGAGGAGGAUGAGGAGAAGGAGGAGUAGGAGGAGGGGGAGGAGGAGGCCAUCAGGUCCUGGGACCACUCGACUCCGUCACGCCGCCCCGCCUGCGACUUCGAUCAGGCCGCUUGCGCAGGCUGCCGCAGCAGGGGGUCGCGGCGCUGCAGAUCGCGGAACAGCGGCUCCUCGCGCUCGCGACCGAUGGCGUCCGCGAUGUGGAAGAUAUGCUCCAGAGGGUCCCCGACUCCGCGGCCAGCCUUCGGCUGGAAUCCUCUCGGCGCCCACUCGAGGAGCCGGCGUGCGUCCUGCUGGCCGACGGUGGCCGCCCUCCGCGGGCGAGCAAGCCGCCUGCGGGAGCAGAGGGUCCGCCCCCCGCUCGAGCAGCAGGAUCACGAGCGGCACGUCGCCCGCCUCGGCCGCCAGCGACAGGGGGCAGCACUGGCGCGACAGAGGCCAGCGGCUUGCUCGGCGGCAGUGGUUGAUGCCGGUGAAGCGGUGCUCCUGGAGAAACUUGUCCACGGCCCCCUUCUCAACGCUGCGGAUCAUGUCCUCCAGCCUGGAGCUGCAAGAGGUGCCGGACGAGGGCCUCAGCGAGGUCGUCGAUGUCUCGAGGGUCCACGACUGGAGCCGUGACGAACUCGACAAUGUCGCUGACCGCGGGGCCGUGACCGAAAGGCUCCUCCUGGACUGCGCCGUCCGUGGUGGCGUCGGCCUCGACAGGGCUGACUUCGAAGGCGUCGCCUGCAGCGGUGAUAACACUGGCCCUGACUCUGACAGGGCGUGGUCAGGCAGUGGGGCGCAGAGCUGGGCUCCGUCACCCACCAGCUCUUCCUGAGCGGAUGCGGGCGCGGGCGCACAACAAAGCGGGUGCCACCAGGAGGUGUCCACCGACCAGGCUGUCGACAAGGUGGCCUGCAGCGAGAACCAUGGUGCCGCCGUUCUCGGAGCGGCGGUCGUAGCACAGGAGGUGUCGGUAAGACUCCCGCCGCAGAGCUCCAGCAGGGCAGCCUCCGCCGAGGUCAUGUCAGUCUCGCGCAAGCUCGGCGUCAUGAAGGUGGAGCCCGUGAGGCAGGAGCGGUCACUGCCGUAGCCGAGGGGACCGGCGAAGCGAGCACAUUCGCGAUCUUGAACACAGCGUCUUGAGCUAGAACGACUGAAUACGGAUGAUGAUGAUGAUGAG